AUGAGCAAUCACCGGAUUUUCAAACUUUCCAGCAUGACCCCUAUGCUGACCUCCCUCCUAGCAAUGUGCCAAACGAAAGGCUGGAACCAUCAGCAGUCAUCAAUUUUGCUAAGCAAUGGAACAAGAAGAACAAUUUCCAUGGCUUGA